CGUCAUCAAGUAGCCUAGCGAAGUUACCGACGCCAUUUUGGCUCAAACAAACUCUACAUUUCACUUACUAGUAAAUCACAUUCGUCUUAAGAAAUCGCAUUUUGUACUCAAUGCAUUAAAGAGGCCGCCCGUAAAGUCACUGCGUGCGUCUGCUAAAAUAACCGCUGCAUCUUUUUCUUAAUUGCAAAGUAUUUUUAGUAAUACACCUGCUAAGUCCUCUGCUAGCAGUCCGCUACGUGUCACCGUAGUUCUGCCCAGAUGAUAAGUUAAACAUUUGGCGAAUGCAAAUAAAAAUGGGUGGAUGCUCCGCUCCAAACUGCUCGAACUCUACAACUAUUGGAAAGCAGCUCUUUCGCUUUCCUAAAGACCCCGUGCGCAUGAGAAAGUGGCUUGUAAACUGUCGGCGUGAUUUUGUACCGACUCCCUGCUCCAGACUGUGCCAGGACCACUUUGAAGAAAGCCAGUUUGAGGAGAUCGCCAGAUCACCAGCAGGGGGAAGGAAACUCAAACCCAACGCAAUCCCCACACUGUUCAAUGUUCCCGACCCUCCCUCUCCUGUCACCCCUCAAGUAGUGUUACCUGUUAAAAAUGAGCCAGUGGAAAAGGACUUGAACAUGGGGGACCAUGGAUAUGCCCGUCGACAGCCCCCGGUGGAUUCAGAGGAGGACGGGCUUCAGAGAACAGACGAGGAGCGACCCUGCUCUCUCUGCCAGCAUUAUAAAACCAAACUGGAGCAGCAACAGCAGCACACAGUCAGACUACAGAGAGAGGCAGAGGAGAUGAAGAAACGUCUUUACAAACUGAGUAAAAUAGAGAAGGGGCUGCAGGUGUUUCUGUUCGAGGAUCAGAUACGUGCCCUGACGUUGGCCAAGCGUUCUCGGAGGGCAGUGUGGUCCCACGACACUUUACUGACAGCCCGUAAAAUUCGCUGCGCAGUCGGGGUUAAAGGAUACGAGUUCCUAAGGGAACUGGGCUACCCUUUACCUUCAUACAGGACGCUUUGCAACCGACUGGAGCCCAAAAUGAUGGUGACCACGAGUAUGCAGGACGAACUGGCGGAGCUCGGCCUGGGCAUCAUAACAGCUUGCGACAGCCCAGAGGGAAACGUGACGAGUGAUGAAGGACUGAUCGGGGUCAUGACCUGAAACACUGUGUUUGCGAGAAAAUGCACUAAUGCUUGACUGUUAAACCAGCCAAAGGCGAAGCUGAAGAUGUUUGUUUACCGGGUUAAACUAUUUUGGGUUGUUGUUGUUGCGUUUUAAAACCAUUUUGCGCAAAUACCACAGCAGCCUGGAGAUGAUUUACUACUUUGUGUUUUCUUUUCUUUAACAAAAAGAGAUCUUUCGGUCUUGCUGCGUCUGGCUGUGUGGUUGGAAUCCCCCGAUGCAAAUAUUGCACCUGUUAAAGAACUGAGGUGAACUGUCAGUGAAUCGUUUCAGUUGUUCAUAAGAAUGUACCCUGAAAACCAAAUGUUUCACUCUAAACUUGAUUUUUGCUACUGAGACAAAGAUAUUAGAAAGAUUUCGCUCGUUUCUGUGAGGAAGUUGACGAAAAAGACUUUGCAAAUGUCACUGUUUUAAAGUGGUGUGUCGGCAGUGGUUCUGUUUUAAAGCGUUGUAAAUCUGGUUUAGCAGCAGGGAGAUGGCACAUAUUUAUAGAGCCACCACACAAGUGAUUCAUGCAGUUGCCAAACUGAGGGGACUGUUCUGAAUAAUAAACUUCUGCCUGUCCGCAAACCAGAGUUUCUGGUUUAUGUUUUUUUUUUCCCUUUGUGUUCAUGUUUGCCACCCCCUGUCUGUACAGUUUUAUUUCAACAGCUCUUUGAUGGAUCCCUUGUCAACUGUGUGUCUUAAAGGCGUAGAUCACCCCAAAAUAAACUUUUUUUUUUUUUUUUUUUUUCCUCACCCACAUGUUUUCCUGAACCUGUAGGAUUGACUUCUGUAGAACACAAAAGAACGGUAACCGUUUAAUGUUAUGGUAAAAAAAAAAAAAGUGUUUACAGAAAAGUUCACAAAACACAUUAAUAGGGACGUUUGAGGAACAUCAAACUAGUGCUGUCAAAUGAUUAAUUGCAUCCAAAAUAAAAGUUUUUGU